CCGUCCAGUCUCUGAAGCAUCAUUUACCGCUAACGGCCCCUUUAAGAAAGCAGCGCCGAACACUGACGAAAUCUCCUCGGCCCGCUCCCUGCCCGUUUCUGCGAAAUCAACAAGACGAAGGCAAGCUUAGCUAACGUUAGUAUCUGCAAGCUCCGGGCGAACGGUGCUGGUGGUCAGUGCAGCUUUCUCCAGUCCAGACGGGAGGGAGACGCAACUGGUCUCUUUUUCUCAGUGUGUGCCUGUCUAACCGCUCAACACUCAGCAGUCGGUGGACAGACAAGCGGAUAUCGUUGGGAUGGAUGGACCAAGUGAGCAGUUUUCGCCGUCGUGAGACUGGCGCUAAUUUGGACGUCCUGAGCAGCAGGUGUAGCCUAGUGAAGGAUAAAACAGACUAAAGGCAAUCUCAGUGUUCAUGAAACUUUGCUACGAUUUACGUGCUGGGGUUGCCGUCAGCCAUGUUAAGGUAAAGCCCAGGUGCGCGGUGUUGACCAUGCUAAAGCGCCUGGACAAAAUCCGCUUCCGAGGCCCCAGGACGAGAGACGACUUCACGGAUCUGGCCGAGUCGCCGCCUGCCUCCGACAACGAAUGUUGCGACGACAUGCAGCUGAAGCCCAGAACAGCUCUGCGAGACACAGAGGAGCUCCUGCGAGACCCUGCAGGUUCGGGGUCUCCUAUCAUGGCUGCGGCCAUCCAGGACUUCCAGAGGUCGGAGUCGGACCGACUCAAUGAAGUCAAAGGUCACCUGGAAAUUGCCUUAUUGGAGAAACAUUUCCUACAGGAGGAGCUGAGGAAGCUGCGGGAAGAGACCAAUGUGGACUCGCUGCGGCAGGAGCUGGAGAGAGAGCGAAGCAAGAGGAUAGACCUGGAGCAGAAGAUGAACGAGGUGCUCAAGACCAGGCUGGAGGACUCUCCGCCACAGCCUCCCCGGAAACAGCAGUCCCCCUCAAACAAUGGAACAGCAGAUAAACAGCAGACGGAGGUCUGGAGUUCACGGCUGCAGAAGUGGCUCUACGAGCGCUUCGGGGUUUACAUCGAAGACUUCCGCUUCCAGCCGGAAGAAAGCACCGUGGAGGCUGAGGAACCACUAAGUGCUAAAAGGUUAACAGAAAAUAUGAGGCGACUCAAGCGAGGAGCCAGACCUGUCACAAACUUCUUAAGGAACCUCUCCGCCUUAUCUAAUUGGCACUCCGUCUACACCUCAGCUAUUGCAUUCAUUAUCUACAUGAAUGCUGCGUGGCAUGGCUGGGCCAUUCCUAUGUUACUCUUCCUGGCUAUCCUGCGCUUGUCUUUAAAUUACCUCAUCGCCAGAGGUUGGAGGAUCCAGUGGAGCAUUGUGCCUGAGGUCUAUGAACCCAUGGACCCGCCAAAGGAAGACUUGACAGUAUCUGAGAAGUUCCAGCUUGUACUUGAUGUUGCACAAAAAGCGCAGAACCUGUUUGGUAAAAUGUCGGAUGUUUUGGAGAAGAUAAAAAACCUGUUCAUGUGGGUGCAGCCGGAGAGCACCCGGAAACUUUAUAUCUGCCUGUGGGUGGCUUUCAUCACCUCCUGCGUCCUACCAUACAAACUUAUGGGCUUCAUGAUGGGCCUGUACGCCGGUAUCAAGUUCUUCAUCAUAGACUUCCUGUUCAAGAGCUGUCCGAAGCUGCGUGACAAGUACGACACACCCCACAUUGUGUGGAACAGCCUUCCCACGGACCCUCAGCUCAAAGAGAGGACCAACGCCACUGUGUCACGGCGGCUCUCUGGCAUUGAGAAGGUUCAGCCGGUGGUUUCCCGGAGCAGCCUCGCCACCAUCCCUUGUGGGGUGAGCAGGGAGGAGGAGACAGGUCGCUCCCACAGCACCAAGAAGGGAGCUUUUUACGAGAUCUUCAACCUGCCGGAGUCAGAGCGCCCUCUGGCUGUUUGUGAAAACGGCUGGAGGUGUUGCCUAAUAAACAGAGACAGGAAGAUGCCCACUGACUAUAUCAGGAACGGAAUGCUUUACGUCACAGAGAAUUACCUGUGCUUUGAGAGCUCCAGCUCCAGAUCCAACUCCUCCAAGAAGAAUAAAGUUAUUAAGCUGGUGGACAUCACUGACAUACAAAAGUAUAAAGUGCUGUCAGUCCUACCAGGAAGUGGGAUGGGCAUCUCUAUAGCUACUCCUUCCACUCAGAAGCCAUUGGUGUUUGGCGCCAUGAUCCACAGGGAUGAGGCUUUCGAGGCCAUCUUUACCCAAUACAUGAAGAUCUUAACCACCACCAAACCACCGGCCAGCACAGAACUAUAGGCAGCCUGUAUCCCAGCAACAGAACUCCAUACUGGGGUUAAAGUCUUGGGCAGAGAUUCUCCUGGACUGGAAGAUACUUUAAAAAAAGAACACCACACUGCUCUGCAUAAGCCUCCUCCUCCUCUUGUGAUGGGCAUCAGCUUCCUCAUCGAAAGUCAUCGGCCACCUUCGAUUGGUAGAUUUCCUGUUUAGGCCAAGUUUAAGGGGACAUGUGGGUGUGUUCGCUACAUGCAGUUGAGAUUUACUUACAUCACACACAAUUUGUGGGUGUUGGAUAAUGAACAAAAUCCGCUUACUGGUUCUGACGAGGAGUGAGUAUCUGUUUGGUUUUUAUCAAUCAGCAGAAGGCUGGCGAGGGAGCUGGUCCUCCUCCCACCUGACUGACUGACUGACUGGUCUGACUGGUUUUCUGACGUACUUGUUUCUGUGUUUGCAUGUAUGCGUGAGUGUGUGUGGGUGGGUGCGUGAGCCGAAGUGAUGGUCUCAAAUAAUGUCCAUUGGCUCUAUUUCUGACUUUUUUGUCAGCCAGUGAAGGGACUUCAACUGUGGUGGGAAGAUUUCAAGAAGUGCUCAGCCUGGCUGUCAAAUGUAUAUCAUGAAACAACUACGUAGAUGAUAAACAAGAGGUUCUUUAAACUGCCAGACAUCUGUAGGAACAAUUGUGUGAAUUUUAGCUUCAAAAAUCAGUGCAAAAAAAACCUUUGGAGCGUAAAUACUUAGACUUUUAACUGGCUGAUCAGUGUCUUGUGGCAUAGCCCAACAAAAUUAUAAAUGAGUGUACAUGUGAGUGAUCACAUUUGUUUUUUUUAUGUGAAAAUGUCAGAUCCCCAUUUGACUGACACAGAGCCUUUCUGUUAGUUUACAUUGCUGCUGUCUAAUUUCUAGUUUUCCUCUUCUUUAUAGACACAUUUGAGCAGCAUUUUGCUUUAGUCGUCUUUGUCAACCUAAUGUACGCUGUGAGCAUCUUCUUCGUAAGUGUUUGUAAGGGUGUAUGUGAAACGUGUAGUGAUUUUCUUUUCUUCAAAAAUGCCUUUCUUUUGAAAAAUGUCUCUUUGUAACAAACAGCCUUUGGGAUGAGUAAGUGGUGGUCAAGGGUCUGCUGAUUGCGUCAUAGACGAGAGCACAACCACUGUUAGAUGGUUCAAACACUGACUGCCAUUUAGAGCCACAACACAGCAGAGAACAUAGCCUCCCAUGUCUAAAGCUUCUUUUUUUCAAGGCAAAAACUGUAUAUAGAGAUUGUCUUUCCUUCCAUCAAUGGUAUCCUCCCUGCACUUUAUUAGAACGUUAACUGGAAUUUCUGAGAUUCACGUCGCAGACUAGACUUUAAAAUGCUCACUACUUUGGCUGGAUUCCAUGGUCAGUGUUAGCAAAUAGUCUCAAAGCUACCACUUAUGUCCUAUGGUAUUUCUCUCUUGUCUGACUGCGUGAGUCAGCGUAGAUCACGUCCUGCUGGUCUCGGUGCAGCACAAAUGCGAUCUUAGCACUUUGUAUUAACACCAGAUUGAUGUCGGCCACAGCGGGCUAGACAAUCUUCAGACUGACCAUAAAGGAAGAAGGUACUUUGACUGGAAAAUAAAACCAUUGAUUACUUUCCACAAAGGCCCCCAUACAUUAAAGUGUUGUUGAAUUAUAAAUCUAAACCAAGACCAGUGCAGAAAUAUCCAUUAAACAUCUCAUUCUGAUUGGGUGAUCUUACUUGCAAAAAUGCGCAGCCUGUCAGGCUGUUUAGGUCCCAUAAGCAGUUAUAUAAAUUCAUGUUUUUUUUCAAUAUCGGAAAACCAGGACUAUGAGCUAUACAAACAUGCCCUAAUUACUCCCUUUUUGUUUCACGUAUCUGUAAUGCCACAGUGAGUAGUGAUUGACAUUUGCGUGCUCUUCCACUUGUUCCAGAUCCUCCAAAUGUAAACUUUUGUAAAACCGUACACUGAACAGAAUACUUCAACGUCACUUUAUUUUAAAGACACCGUUUACAAGAAUAAAGCCGGUCUUUACUCUUGCAGAAUGGUUUGAUACGCUGAAAUACGAUGCCAAACUACAUCAGACACUUUGCCGUGUUUUGUGAGAGGAAUGGAGAUAGGAUCUGAGACUGGAGGUCAUGAUUUUGCUUCAGAUUUUAGUACGAGAAACGGAGUAGCUAUUCCUCCUAACCAAUGCCUAUUUAUUGGACACCCAGCAGCACAAGCUUUAGUUUCUAAUGUGUUAAUCUUACAGAACACUGUUAAAAAGGGAGACCUUGACAUUUAUAUUUCCUUUUAUUCUGGUCAUUUGGACACUUUUUCUAUAGUUUAAGAUACUAAAUCCCGCCUGUGUCACCGCUCCUCAAGAGAUCCAAAUAAUUUUCUCUUAGCUGCCCUUCAAACUUAAAAUGUCAAGGUUUCUUUUCAAAUCUAUACAAGUCCUCUUAUCAUCAUUACCAAUUACAAUCAACUGAGCUGGAUAUGAAGUUGCCAGUGAAGCAAUGGACUAGUUCAAAGAACCACUUUUAUUAUUUGUUAGUUCAAACUACGGUAAUUAAGGAUGGAAUUUAUACUUUAGCAUCCAUUUGUAUGAUUUGGCCUGUUGUUCAAUCAGCUGCCUUCCCAGAAAUGGAUUUUCUAGUUUUGUUUUGGAAUAAAUUGGAUCCAUUGAAAGGGUAAACCUGUGGGAUGUUAGAGCAGGUGAAAAUUAACGCUGUCUCAGUGUGUGAUUUGAUGGCUCGUUGUAGUCCUUAAAGCUUUUACCUGAAGCCUUUUGUAAUCUGUAAACUCUGAAAACCAGCUCUGUGGGGGGUCUGGGAGACCCUAACAAGGCUGCACUCAGAGAAAGCACAGAAUGUAUCAUGUUCAAAAUAUCU